CUCUGCAGGGGAGGGGACCCGUAUCGCCUCUAUAACUUGGACGUCUUCCAGUAUGAGCUCUACAACCCGAUGGCGCUCUAUGGAUCCGUCCCUGUGUUGUUGGCUCACAGCGCCCAACGCACCCUUGGCCUGUUUUGGCUGAACGCAGCCGAGACCUGGGUGGACAUCACCUCCAACAGAGCUGGCAAGACCAUGUUUGGGAAGAUGCUAGAUUACAUACAAGGCGGAGGAGAAACGCCCCAAACAGACGUUCGCUGGAUGUCGGAGAGCGGAAUCAUAGACGUGUUCCUUCUGCUGGGACCUUCACCUGCGGACAUUUUCAAGCAGUAUGCAUCCCUCACAGGCACCCAGGCUCUGCCUCCGCUCUUCGCCCUGUCCUAUCACCAGAGCCGCUGGAACUACAACGAUGAGGAAGAUGUCACCGCGGUGGACAACGGCUUCGACGAGCACGACAUCCCCUACGACGUCAUCUGGCUGGACAUCGAGCACACCGACGGCAAGCGCUACUUCACCUGGGAUGCCAACAAGUUCCCCCACCCCCAGGAGAUGCUUCAGCGGCUGGCAGCUAAGAGGAGGAAGAUGGUGAGCAUUGUAGACCCGCACAUCAAAGUUGACACCGGCUACCGAAUCCACAAUGACAUUCGCUCCCGGGGCCUUUACAUCAAGACCAAGGACGGGAAUGACUAUGAAGGCUGGUGCUGGCCAGGUUCAGCAGGCUAUCCGGAUUUCACCAACCCUCAGAUGCGUUCCUGGUGGUCCAGCAUGUUCGCUUACGACCAAUACGAGGGCUCCACGGAGAAUCUCUACACCUGGAACGACAUGAACGAGCCUUCGGUCUUCAACGGUCCCGAGGUGACGAUGCACAAGGACGCCAUCCACCAAGGGGGCUGGGAGCACCGCGACGUGCACAACCUGUACGGCUUUUACGUGCAAAUGGCCACCGCGGAGGGCCAGGUGCAGCGGUCUGGCGGCCUGGAGCGGCCCUUCGUCUUGACCCGAAGCUUCUUUGCGGGUUCACAACGUUACGGGGCUGUAUGGACCGGCGACAAUGCAGCUGAGUGGGACCACCUAAAAAUCUCCAUCCCCAUGUGCCUGAGCCUGGGUUUAGUGGGCAUCUCUUUCUGUGGAGCUGACGUGGGCGGCUUCUUCAAAAACCCGGAGCCCGAAUUGCUGGUGCGCUGGUACCAAGCCGGAGCCUAUCAGCCCUUCUUCCGGGCACACGCCCACGUGGACACCACCCGCCGGGAACCCUGGCUCUUCGGGGACGAGAACAAAGCUCUGAUCCGAGAGGCUGUGCGCGAGCGUUACGCUCUGCUCCCCUUCUGGUAUACCCUCUUCUAUCAGUCUUACCGGACUGGCCAGCCUGUCAUGAGACCGCUGUGGGUUGAAUAUCCCCAAGAUCCCACCUUGUACCCCAUUGAUGAUGAGUAUCUGCUUGGCGAUGCACUGUUAGUUCAUCCAGUAACUGCCCAAGGAGCUCGGGGUGUACAGGUGUAUUUACCUGGCAAAGGAGAAGUUUGGUACGACGUCCACACCCACCAGAAACUCCACGCCCCACAGACAUUUUAUUUGCCAGUCACUAUGAGCAGCAUUCCCGUCUACCAGCGUGGGGGCAGCAUCGUGGCUCGGAAGGAGCGGGUCCGGCGUUCUUCAGACUGCAUGCAGGACGAUCCGUACACGCUCUACGUGGCUUUGGGCCCUCAGGGAACCGCCCAAGGGGAACUUUUCAUUGAUGACGGACACACGUAUAAUUUUGAGACGAAAGGAGAAUACCUGCACCGCCUCUUCCGUUUCUCUGGCAACGUCCUGACAGCCAGCUCGGCAGAUCCGAAAGGCAGUUUUGAAACCCCGGCCUGGAUCGAACGAGUGGUCAUUCUCGGUGCGGGCAAGCCAGGGGCAGUCUUCCUCAAACAACAAGGUGAGUCGGUGGGAAGGCCAAAAUUACACCAUGUUUCCUGUUUGGGAUUGAAAUAGCAAGUGAUUCCCUUCCCUGGAUAGCAGCUU